CUAAAAUUAUUUCAUUAGUUUAAAAGUUUUUAUUUUGCUUUCUAUUGACUCACAACAUUGUGUUUUUUGUUUUGUAGGAAUCGCUUAUUCCCAUCAGUCAUCGAGGGACAUGUCGAUUGCCCCAUUGGCAUGCUCGAGUAGUGCCCUAUCUAGAGAGGACGGGAUUGCACAUGCUGAGGCACUUCAUGAGGCUUGAUAUUGACAACGAUCUGCUGACGGCAAUGGCAGAGCGAUGGCGUCGCGAGUUGCAUACCUUCCACUUUCCCGAGGGUGAAAUGACGAUCACCCUCAAAGAUGUUGUCAUCCUCACCGGGCUCCCGAUCACCGGAGAUGCCAUCAUCGACAACUCGAGAAAACCGGAAGAUGGUUGGGGGCCGUUGAUUCAAGAGCGUUUGAGAUUCAACAUGCCGACCACCACGCCCGUCGAAGGGGUUGGGCGUCCACCACUGAAUGCGGGGCAAGUAUCGAUCCCGUGGCUUGUUGAACACAUCCAGUUGGAGGUUAAUAUUGGCCCGAACACUCCUGAAGAUCAGGUGGAGCGGUAUGCACGUGUCUACCUAAUUGGCUUGGUUGGUGGGUUUCUGUUCCCCGACAAGACAAACCGGUGGAUACAAGGCAUGCGGUUACCUAUGCUCCUCGGUGACUGGGACGAGAUCGGGAAAAAAAAGUUGGGGGUCAGCCGUCUUGGCUGGGAUCUACCGAGAGUUGUGUACUUGCUCGAGGUUGGGAGCGAAACAAGCUGGUGGUGCGAUGUUCAUACUCCAGCUCUAGGCAUGGAUAGCUCGGCUCAAGAUGGUCAUCGUUACCAGCAUAACCAACAUCGUCUUCUUGGUCAUGUGAAGUACGCCCAGAUCGAAGGGUGUUCUCAAUGUCAGCCCACUCUGGACCCCAAGCAGGCCAUUGAUCAUCGUCGGGCUGAACGAUAUCGACGGCAGUCUCAGCAUGUUGCGGGUAUUCUUCCCACCCAACACCUCCUUCAGAACUACCUCCUCCAUAGUUGCUUGAAGUACCACCCCAGCCAUACCCUCCUGCAGAAGUACCUCCUCCGUAGUUACUUGAACUACCACCCCAGCCAUACCCUCCUGCAAAACCAUCAUCACAAUAAUACUGGUGAGAAUGAGUUUCACCGACCGACUCGGUCUCGACAUACACCUCUGCAAGCCGCACCCCGUUGUCAAAUAGGAAUUGUAUCAUCAUGUUCAUCGCGUCAUCAUCAUUUAUGAAAACUUUUUCGUACAUGAUUCCGUCAGCACUCAUGUUUGGAUACCGGUAAGUAAUUUGACCAACUCUCAUUUGCUCGCCCGUACAAGUCCUUUCUGCACAAAUGUCAUGGAGUUCUUGCCACGAGAAUCUCGACUCAAUUUUUAGCAUAGUGGAUUCGCCAUUUUCAUAGUCGAUCCCAAUGUUCGAGUUUGUCAUCCGACCAUGCCACCGAAUAAUAAGCCGAAACUUCUUAAAUUUACCCAUGUUUGCAAUUUAUAAUAAUUAAGUAUAGUAUAUAAUCAGUACAUUAGGGAUACAAAAACAAUAUCAUCCAAACCCAUAAACAAACGCAACUAAUUGAUCUAUCAUGAAAAAACUAAACAAAUUCAUCUAAAUUCAUAACUAACUAACUAACUAACAUCUAUCAUAUCAUAAUUAAUCUAAAUAUAUCAUAACAUAUUUGCCAAUAACCGCAAUUCACUAAAUACAGACAUAUAAUUACUAAUAAAUCAACAUGUAAACAAUACAUAAUUAUAACAUACCGAAUCCCGAUGAGUUUCUUGUUGUUGUAAACCAACUCCAACCAAGCUGAGAAAACGACCAAAAAAACACUAAUUUUUGUACUACUUUGCUGUAAGGCAGCAGGAGGGACGUGAGGAUCGGUUUUUAUAAUGAAAUAUGCCAGCUAAUCACCACAGUGGACAAUUGCAGUGAACACAUCACAGCUUUUGUCCAAAACGGUGAUAGCUAGGUCGCUGUGACCUAAUUUUCCACCUACUAGGGCUCUAAAACGUGGUCAAAUAUCACCAUUUUGGUCGACGGGGAUGAUGUAAUCACCGUUUUGCACAACAGCGGUGAUGCAAUCAUCGUUUUGGACGGCGGCGGUGAUAUAGUCACCGUUUUGGAGGAAAGCGGUGAUACCUUCCUCGUUGUUUUCGAAAGCGGUGAUACCUUCCCCGUUGUUUUCGAAAGCGGUGAUUAUGAUCACUGUCUUCGUCUUCGACAGUGAUAUUGAUAUUGCUGUACUUUGGGAAAUAACUUUAUAAGUACUGUAUUUAGGGAAAUUUUUUUAAUAACUUGAGUAUUCUGGG